CAUCGCCCUCUACGACAGGACAGACAGCGAAAGUGGUGCACAUCUGGACACGGCUUUCCCAAAGGGACCAGACGGCGAGAAGUGACAAAAGAAGACGGCAGGACGGAUUGGUUGAGGGCUCAAAGGCAAGAUGGUCAAAAAAGACAGUGUCCUUGUCCGGAGUCAUGCAGGGAUGCUUUUAUUGGCUCUCUGCCUUCACAUGGGAACAGUCGCUUCAGCCAUGUUGAAAGUUGAUGAGACCCAAGACGGAGGUGGCGGUGGAGGGGACACCAUCAGCCACUCCCUGAACCUGGUGCAGCGUCUGGAGGCCCUGCUGCUUCAGGGAAACAGUAGUGAUGUGUUCCUGAGGGUAGAAACACCCAAUGCAGAAGAGGUGAAGGUGAUCCAAGCCCACUCCCUGGUGCUCUCCCUGCAAAGUCCUGCCUUUGAGGAGAUGCUGCUUAGCCGCAAUAGCAGCACACUGGUCCUCAAAGAGAGCUCUGACUGUGCUGCUGUGUUUGACAAGUUCAUUAGGUAUCUGUAUUGUGGGGAAAUUAACCUGCGUCUGGAACAAGCCACCCCUUUACACAAGCUCGCUACUAAGUUCCGUGUGCUGGGGCUUCAGCAGGGGAUGACCCAGUACAUGACCCAAAAUCUGGCCCGGGACUCUCCCUCAGGCCAUGUGGUGGGCUGGUAUGAGUAUGCCCUGCAAGUGGGAGACGCGACUUUGAGGGACAGCUGCCUUCAGUACCUGUCUUGGAACCUGUCCUCUGUGCUGCAGAGUGGCGAGUGGGUAACCAUCAGCAGCCACCUGCUCAUGUCUUUGCUCCAGCGCUCCGACCUCGUCCUGCAGAGCGAGAUGGAGCUGUUCGCAGGGCUGGAGGCCUGGAUUAUCCAGAAUGAGCCGGAUGGUCUGACUGUGGAGAACGCCUUGAGGGCUGUGCGAUAUGCCAUGAUGCCCCCACGGGAGCUCUUCCGUCUGCAGACCCAGUCGCCUAUCCUGGCUCGCUACCAGGAAUCUGUGCGUGACCUGCUCUACAUGUCCUACCAGUUCCACUCUGCCUCACCGCUGCACAUGGCCAAAUACUUUGACGUCAACUGCAGUCUCUUCAUGCCCAGGAACUACCUGUCCCCAAUGUGGGGGUCCUCGUGGGUCAUCAACAACCCCACGCGUGAUGACCGCAGCACCAGCUUCCAGACCCAGUUGGGGCCCAGUGGGCACGAUGCCAGCAAGCGAGUGACUUGGAAUGCCCUGUUCUCACCCCGUUGGCUACCCCUCAAUAUGAGGUCUAUGUAUACAGAAACAGGCGCCAUGCAGCCUACACGCGUGGAUGGCGGGCGGCCUCGCAUCAUCGUGACACCAGCCACCUCCAGCGCAGAUUUCGCAGGUGUAAACUUCCAGAAGACGGUGCUGGUGAUGGCUCAGCAGCAGGGGAAGGUGGUGGUGAGACACAUCUACAACUUCCACCAGAGCACAGAGGAAAACGGGGAUUUCCUAGCAGAAGCCGACCUCUACCGCCGCACGUCUGAAUACCUCACCGAUGGCUCUCUUUCCCUACAUAUUGUCGUGAAGCCCCUGUACCAAACCCUCAUAACUACCAAGAACUGAAACCACUUCCUUGUCAGUGACCUAGCCACCUUACCUCACCGUACAUACACUACUCCCUUGAAGCAACAUUUCACUCAUAUCACAUCACGGAUCUGAAACCUCAAGUGUGUGAUGUCUGGAUCAUUUUCUGUUUUGUUUCAUACUUAAUAAUUGUUUGCAAUGAGCAAAUAAUUCUUGUGUCUCCAACAUUUCUCGACACUUUGAAUAUGAUAUUGGUGCUGUUACAUUCACAAUCAAGGGGUCACACGUCCAUCACCACAUGGUCAUCCUUUUGCAGGUGCUCCAACAGCCAGGCUCACUGACAUUGUGUUUAGUCAUAAUAUUUCAUUAUAUAAUUACCAUACCACACUGUUAUAAACUUUCAAACCACAGUAGUACCUCAUCGUUAGUUCAUUGUGAUUGAACAUAUUGGCUAGAUUCACUGUUGCAUUUAUCAUUCUUCU